CCGAUAACUAAGACAUGGACUAGAUCGAAACAAAAGAAAAUAAAUCAGUUGAUAUUUGAAGAACACAUCACAAAACAUUCAUUCUAAGAACGGACAAAAUAAAAAUAAUACAAAUGAGUACUAUAUCUCUACUGAUUGUUACACUACUAAGCGUACAGUGUAUUGCCGCACCAGCCGGAACCACGCCCACAACUACGGACGAGCUAGUCGAUUAUGUUUUGACCAAUAAAUACUAUUAUUUUGAUGCCAAAGCCCCAGCUUUGGAAGCUGAAUUGGAAGAAAUGCUAAGAGAAAUCUACAGUGCCAAGGAACAGCAUGCCAAUGACCCUGAGAAAUUGAAAAUCUACGAGGCGGCCCAACAUUUUGGAGAAAAAUACUUGGAAAUGUUCAGACGUCACAAAUAUCAGUGUGGUGUGAAAAAUGUAUUCCAUUUCAUGUCACCCGCUGUGACUCGCAUCAUUUUGGCUACUGAAAAUGUGGACAUAGCCAUACAUUGGCAUAAUCACUUUAAAAUGUUCAGCGAUGAAAUGAAAAACUAUGAGAAGAGAGUAGAAGAAAUACAUGACGCCAUCGAGGAGUUUGCCGGGGGAAAUCGCAGUGUUAAAAAGGAAUAUCAUGACAAAUACACGGCCAUGGUAAAUAACAAAUGUGAUCUGAAGGUCUUUAUGAAUGAAAUUCAUUAGAGGAAGAUGAAAUUUUUGGUUAUGUUUGGAAUAUUAUAAAAUGAGGUAUGUCAAUAAACCGCUGGGCAACGAGGGUCUUGUUUUUAAAUUACGGCUGCAGUAUUGUUUUAAUCUUUUUUGAAAAUUGGUUAUUCAUUAGUAAAACUGACCAAUGUAGGAAAUACAAUUUGAAGAAUAAAUAUUUUGUUGGCGCCCA